AUGGUUGGGUGUAGUGCAGAGCUCGGGGGCUUUGCUGGGCUGUUUGACCUGAAGGCUGCAGGAUUUGGGACAGAUGGAGUUGGGACCAAGCUGAAGAUCGCCCAGGCCUGCAGGCAGCUUGACGGUCUUGGUCAGGACCUGGUGGCCAUGUGUGUGAACGAUGUUCUCGCUCAGGCUGUCGAGCCGCUCUUCUUCCUCCUUGACUUUACCUGCGACAGGCUGGACAUCGAUGUAGCCGCCUCAGUGGUCAGCGGCAUCGCAAAGGCCUGUGAGAAGGCUGGAUGUGCUCUGCUGGGGGAGGUUUUUCUGACUCCAACAAAGAUCAACAGUCGCCUGCUCCUGCUCAGGAUCCUGCGGAGCUGUCAAAGCCUUCGCUCACAUCACUGGUGGGGUGCUUCUGGAGAACAUCCCCUGGGUGAUGCCCCAGGAACUGCCGGUGGAUUUAGGAGGCGUUCUCUGUCCCUUGGUUCCUCCUCCGACCACCAGGUGGCGCCUCCUGCUUUGGAUUGAGGCUGUAUGUGAGAAAGUUGAGGUGGAUCAGCUGCAGCUGAUGCUGCUUUGUUGUUGCUUCUGUUGUGGCUGUACAGUGGCUCCAGAUACAGGAUGCAGGACACUGAAUCCAGGUGAGCUCAAUCAAUUCACUUUGAUUUAUUGAGCAACAUUUGUCAUGUCACAGCGCAGAACAUAGUAAGGUACAGACCUGAUGAAUUCCAAACAGAGGACAGAAAAGCCAACAAUCCAGAGUUGCCUUUGGACUCC